CCCGUUCGCAACACGCUGUCGGCCCGAAACAAUGGCGAAAGCAAUUCGAGCAGGCUCGGCAGCUCGAUUGGAGCGACGACAUGACCCUCUCAGCGAAGAAUACUCCCCCACCCUUCCGAUCAAGCAAAAAGCAGGCAAGAAGCGGAAGCAAUCUCAUGAUCCGGAAGAGGAGCAGAGUGGGUACGUGGACAGCAAGGCCUCGCGACGCAUUCUUGAUCUCGGACAAGAUCUUGCCGCGGAAGAUGAAGCGGAGACACGGUCGAGGAAACCCGCUGCCCCGAGCACAGCUUUCACGUUCGAGAGUCGGUUUCCUAUCGAGGCCGUCGACGAAGAGGAGGGAGGCGCUGAAAUAGGAGAGUAUGACGACGAUGAGGAGGCAUGGGGCUCAGAAGAAGAGGUGGAAGAGGUAGAGGUGGACCCCAACGAUCUCGACACCUUCAAUCGAUUCAAUCCUUCAUUCGACCCUGCGGUGCUGCUGCGUCCCGACGACGAUAAGAUCGACCGUACAACGAGUGGCCCUGGAACGAAUUUGGCGGAUCUGAUUCUGGAAAAGAUUGCAGCGCACGAAGCUCAAGGGGAGCUCCACGAUGACCACCCCCCGAUCCUGGGCGGCGGCGAGCCGGACGACGCCGUGGAACUGCCGGCCAAAGUCGUCGAAGUCUACACUCAAGUGGGCAUGCUCCUCUCUCGCUACAAGAGCGGAAAACUCCCCAAGCCCUUCAAAAUCCUACCUACACUGCCUCAAUGGGAUGUCUUACUAUCAAUCACACGACCUGACAGCUGGACACCCAACGCCGUCUACGAAGCCACGAAAAUCUUCUCCUCCUCCCGACCCGCCGUCGCGCAGGCGUUCAACACAGAUGUGCUCCUGCCACGAGUGCGCGAGGAUGUCUACGAGACCAAAAAAUUGAAUGUACAUCUCUACAAGGCGCUGAAGAAGGCUCUGUACAAACCCGCGGCAUUCUUCCGUGGCUUUCUCUUCCCCAUGGUGGGAGGCGGGAUGUGCACAUUGCGCGAGGCACAGAUUGUCGGCUCCGUCCUCGCACGGGUGUCAAUACCGGUCUUGCAUUCCGCCACGGCGUUGUACAGGUUGUGCGAGAUUGCGGCAGAACAAAUGAUGCAUGAUGUGGAGUCUGCCGGGGCUUGCAACAUCCUCAUCCGGACUCUGCUUGAAAAGAAGUAUGCGCUGCCAUUUCGAGUGGUGGAUGCGCUCGUCUUUCACUUUAUGCGCUUCAAGAACAUGCAGCAACCCGGCGAUGCGAACGGUGAUGUGUCCAUGUCGGGCCCCGGCUUUCCCGGAAAGAAAGGCGCGGGCGAUCCAAAGCUACCCGUGCUCUGGCAUCAGUGUUUGCUCGCCUUUGCGCAGAGGUAUAAAAACGAGAUUACCGAGGAUCAACGGGAGGCUCUGCUGGAUCUAUUGCUAGUCAGGGGACACAAAGGCAUCGGGCCGGAAGUCCGGCGGGAGUUGCUCGAAGGGCGAGGCAGGGGCGUUGUGGAGGAGCCUGGGGCUGGGGUUGGCGGUGAUGAUACCAUGAUGGAUGUAUGAGCUGGCUCGAUGGUACGUAGAAGAACUGA